AUGUUCGCUCAACCAUUCGAUCACUCUUUCAAUGAUCUAUUCAACCAAUACGUCAAUAUGGAUACCUCUGCCCCCGAUUACAAGGAUCCCAUGCUCUCGAGUCAUUUUGACCAGCUCUUCCCGUUGGAGUCUCUAUCAAGCGAUUGUGGCGAUCUCUCCCCCACCGUCUCCACUUCUAAACGCCAUCCCCAGUCGCCGCAACCUUGGAGUCAAGACUGGUCCCUGCAGGACGACAGCUCGGCUGGCGAUCAUUUCGCUUUUCAAGACACCGUUCAUCCCUCUGCCAUCUCAGACCUGGGAUUGAACAACUUUGAAGCCUCUUCUCGUCCUGCUGCUCCUACCCGAAUUUCUACUGCUUCUCCCUCCACUCCUCCGGCUACUCCCCAGCGCAAGGCAAACAAGAGCGCUCUCCUUACCCCCAAGUCCAUCCGUCAUCGUGAUCCGAAUGAGCGUCGAGCCCUACUACGCAAGCAAAGUUUCUCCCCUAGCUUGAUGCGAUCUUCUAUCCAAAAAGGAAGAAUGGCGUAUCCAGAGGCCUGGGCCCAGAGAAUCCAAAACUUCACCCUAACUGGCUCUGAUGAUCGUCUUCCUUUGUCUCCCCCGCCUUCCGAUGUUCUUAUCCAACACGAGAACAUGACUGGCGACACCACCACAAUGAAUCACCCCCGAAACUCUGCAGAGAUGGCUGCUCAAUAUGAUGCGCGCCUCUUCCACCAAUCUCCAGCCGUCUCUAUGCCAUCUCCUUCGGCUAGCGCCCUUGCCCGUCAUCAGCAACACUACAUGAACCACCCUGGCUCCUCGGCUCUGACCGAUUCGAGCCCUCCUUCUGCAGAUGAAAUCUUCUCUUCAUCACACUCCUCAGAUCCUCACUCUAUUUCCUCAUGGCAAUCAGACUCCCUCGCCACCUCUCUCUCCUUUACUCCCGAUCUCCAGAGCCACGACGCACAAUGGUGGUCUCCUAUGCCCACUCGAGUCGCUCAACAACAGACCAACUACCAAACUAUGGUCACAUCACCCACCCCUCAACGCUCUUUGCAAACCGUCGCAGCCCAAAAUGACAUGAUGCAAGGAGGACUGAUGAUCCAAAUGGAUCCCUCUUUUGACAUGCCUGGCGAAUCCUCCAUGCUCCCCAUGAACAACCAGAAGUUCAUGGCUCCUUUCACCGCUCCUCAAGUUCACAACAUCUCCCGCUCCCCAUCACUCUCUCCUACGGCCGGCUCUUCACCAAAGGAUACCCGCAAUGGUGUCAAGGGGAACCACAGCCGCAAGCACAGUCGCAAACUCUCGGGUCAAAGCAUGACCGCACCCAAGCCUGCAAAGAGCUCCACUAGCCCCCGUGGAGCAAACAAGUCUGUCAGUGUAUCAUUUGUCAACUUCACUGCCCAUGACAGCAAGAAGAUCCUCACUGGUGUCGCUCCCUCUGGUAGCUCCAAGACAAAAGCCCGUCGGGAGCAGGAGGCCAAGGACCGCCGCCGCAAAUUGAGUGAGGCUGCCCUUCGUGCCGUUCGCAAUGCCGGCGGUGAUGUCGAGGCUUUGGAAGCCGUGUUGUGUUAA